AUGACAAAGAUGACAAGUCAAUACGUUAGAAUAAAAAACACCGCAAUGAAGCUGUCUACCGUCUGUGCCUUUGCAAUUUUCUCAUUUACUGUUGUCUCUGCCAGCGACCUGUACGCGACCAACCGCUUGAUUCAGUUGAGCGAAGACAAGCAAGAGUGGCUUUCCGAGUCUCAAAUCAACAAGUUAAUCUCAAGCGACGCCAGAUUCCGUGACAUCACUGAUAUUCGCGAUGUUCCAGAGAACGCUAAUCAAGCUGCGCUUUUGGAUAUCCCAACGUCUCUAACCCAUCAGAAACUGGUAUCCGGGUUGCUGCCCAGGGUCACAAAAGAUGUGCCCCAAUCCGUGCUGGCAAACCUGACCUCAUUCACUAACCGCUACUAUAACAGCGAGAACGGCAGAAAGUCAAGUGCCUGGUUGCUGAGCACCAUCCAGUCGUUGGUACCGGGAAUCAACGCAAAUAGCUUUCCCCAUCGUUUCCCCCAGCCAAGCAUCAUUGCACGUAUCGAGGGCACACAAAAUCCAAACGAGAUUGUCAUUAUCUCAGCACACCAAGACAGCAUCAACGAGGAAGAUCCCGUUGCAGGGCGCGCGCCGGGCGCUGAUGACGAUGGAUCAGGCACGGUGACUAUUCUCGAGGCGCUGCGGGUGUUUGCUCACAGCGGAUUGAAGCCCAAGCGCUCAGUUGAGUUUCACUGGUAUGCUGGCGAGGAGGGUGGGCUGCUGGGCUCAGCGGAUGUAUCCAAGGCCUAUGAGGGCAAAAAAGUGGCAGCCGUUUUGCACUUUGACAUGACCGGGUAUCCGAUGAGCUCGCCAGCUGUUGGCAUUGUCACAGACUACACGGACUCGAACACUAAUGACCUGCUGCGCAAAAUUGUCGCUGCGUACACAGACUUGCCGACCAAUGAUAUUGUCUGCGGAUAUGCAUGUAGCGACCAUGCAAGCUGGAAUGCCAGGGGUGUGCGCGCCGCAGUGCCAUUUGAGUGCCAGAAAGUCGAGGGCAACACUAACAUCCACUCGCCCAAAGACUCGAUAGACACGAUUGAUUUCGACCAUCUGGUAAAGUUUGUCAAAAUUGCGCUAGGAUUUAUCGCUGAGGUAGCUGAUGCGGACUGAGAAGCCAGAGUUUUUUCUUUAUUUCUAGUAAGACACACCCUAGUUCAUCCUUCCAGAGAACAAGAGUAUUAGGAAAAUAUUCAAUUGUCGUUAUUGAAUAAUAAUACAAAGUGCGAAAUAAAAAGACGAUUAGGCAAAAAAUACUUAUGCGGUGCUUUUGCAAAUUAUAUUAAAAUAUUGAAACACCCGUUUAUCGAUUUAGAACAGAGAUACCAUCAGAAC